AAUAUGUCAGCAAACACUGGGCUGAAGACUCCUUUUUCGGCUACCAGUAUCUCAACGGCGUGAACCCGGUGGUCAUCCAGCGCUGCACAGAGCUUCCGGCCAAAUUCCCAGUCACGCAAGAGAUGGUGGCCAAAUCUCUGCAGAAGGACACAACUCUGGAACAAGAGCUGAAGAAAGGAACCAUCUUCGUUAUAGAUUGCCAGAUUUUGGAGGGUGCCCCAGGUACGGUUCUGAAUGGAUCCCUCCAGUAUGUCUCUGCCCCGCUCUGCCUCCUGCAUCUUAAUCCCCAGGGGGAGAUGAUCCCCAUUGCCAUCCAGCUGACGCAGCAACCUGGACCGGAGAGCCCCAUUUUCUUACCCACCGAUUCUGAGUGGGACUGGGCGCUGGCGAAAUUCUGGGUGCGGAACAGCACCUUUUACAUCCACGAGGUCCUCACUCAUCUGCUUUAUACUCACCUGGUGGUGGAAGUCUUCCUGCUGGCGACCCUCCACCAGCUGCCCACAUGUCACCCCGUCCACAAGCUCUUAAUCCCGCACUUCCGCCACACGCUCCACAUCAAUGUUCUCGGCCGAGUGAACCUCUUUGCCCCCGGUGGGCUUAUAGAGCAGGCCACGGGGACCGGUUUCCGAGGCGUCUCCCACCUGCUGGCCAAGGGGCUCUCAACGUUGACCUAUUCCACUCUUUGCCUCCCCGAUGACCUCCACAACAGAGGCGUUGAAUCCCUCCCCGGCUACUAUUAUAAGGAGGAUGGUCUGAAGCUCUGGGAAGCCAUCAAGAGCUUCGUCUCCACGAUCGUUGGUCUCUAUUACAAGAGCGACGGCGCCAUCAAGGAAGACUCAGAACUUCAGGCAUGGGUGGCCGAAAUUUUUGACCAAUGUUUCUUCCGGCGAGAGUCCUCUGGCUUCCCGGCACAUCUGGAAACCACUGCCGAAUUAACCAAAUACCUCACCAUGGUGAUCUUCACGUGCUCGAUUCGCCACGCCAGUGUCAACAAUGGACAGUUCGACUUUGGCUCUUGGAUGCCCAAUUACCCCUCCUCCAUGCGGAAGCCGCCCCCGACAUCCAAGGGGAGUGUCACGUUUCAAGAUGUUCUGGACACUUUGCCCGAUGUCAGCACAACCUGUAACACUUUGCUGAUCCUUUGGUUACUCAGCAACGAACCAGGAGAGAGGAGACCUCUCGGCUGUUACCCCGACGAACAUUUCACAGAGGAAGGACCCAAACGGGCCAUCGCCGCUUUCCAGAAACGCCUGGCUGAGAUCUCCGAGGAAAUUGACAAGCGGAACCGAGGCCUGCCCUUACCGUACCACUACCUCAACCCCCCAGAGAUAGAGAACAGCACCUCCAUCUAAGGGAUGCCUUGAAGCCUGGCAUUUCUCGGUGGUGGAACCUGAGGUAGCAGCAGGGAGCCGUGAUAGUGUCUCUGGCUACCACACCUGUUGAAUAGCAGCCUUCUGGACUUUAGCUUGAGCCCCAUUAGGUGGCUUUGGGCUGGUGUGUCGUCUUUUACAAAGGACAUUAUACGGUUGCCAAUGGACCAGUGCCCUCUGUUUGAAGUGCUGCCCAGCCCAAGUCUAAUUUAAAGACAAGGAACUGUGGGUGAUCACGGAAAAAGGAAGGCUAAUUGCCUUCGAGAGAGAACAAAGGAGUCG